AUGGAUCCCACCUUAAUGAUCCAUGAUGUCAAAGAGAAACAAGUCGGCGCCGUCAAACCUCCCACCUUCCCACAGCCCAAGUCCGCCACCACCGGCUUCCCCGAACACAAGAAGCGGACAAGAGUCUCUGCAUUCAAGCAGAAACGAGACGCCCAAAACUCCACCAGCGAUGUGCCGACCGUCUUGAUCGAUCGUCCUCAGCCGUCUGGCCUGUCUACAAGAAAUGUCCCAGCCGCCAAAUCUGAGGGGGAAGAGCGGGAAAGGAUAGAUCGCGAGAACAGACAGGUGCUAGCGGCCAUGUCUCCAGAACAAAUUGCAGAAGCGCGUAAAGAAGUAUUCGAAGGGCUAGAUCCGUCUCUGUUGCAGAUGCUUCUCAAAAGAGCCAACCUCGACGAGUCAAACGGCCCAUCUCCUUUCGACCUGCCCACAUCGAGCAGCUCGACCCCAGCAGUACAAGAUGACCUACCGAGCGUUGGGGCAGAAAACGUCAAAGAAACAUCAAGCAGCGCUGGUGAAGACACUCAAACGGAGACUGAGCCGCAGGUCAAAACGGAGCAGAAGCCAAAGACAGCCAAGAAAGUCACGUUCGACGAAGAUGCCGCCCCGCCCGAACCGCCCUCAAACCUCUUCUCUCCCUCCGAACCGCCACCAGCCGACAUAGACACCACGACGACCAACACGACACACUUCCCCCAGCCCAAGCAGCUCCCCGACCUCGACCCUUCCGACCCGGACUUCCUCGAGACGCUGCACAAGAAGUUCUUCCCCAGCCUGCCCGCGGACCCGAGCAAGCUCGCCUGGAUGGCGCCGAUCCCGACGCCCAACUCGGCCGCCGACCGCGAGUCGCCCUACUACCCGGGCCAGGCCGCGCUGCCCGUGUCGGCGCUGCGCUUCGACUUCCGCGGCCGCCUGCUGUCGCCGCGCGCGUCGCGCGCGGUCCCCGUGUCCAAGGGCCUGCACCACCACGGCGAGGCCCCCGAGGCCGCCGGCUACACCGUCCCCGAGCUGGCCCGGCUGGCGCGCAGCGCCGUCCCGUCGCAGCGCUGCGUCGCCUUCCAGGCGCUCGGGCGCAUCCUGUACCGCCUGGGCAGUGGCGAGUGGGGCGCCGGCGACAGCGAGCUGGCGAUGGGCGUGUGGCGGACGGCCCAGGAGAACCGCGUCGUGGACAGCCUGCUUGAGGCGGCUGACGUGCCUGAGGGAGUCGGCCAUCGGGGGAGCAGGGCGUAUGCCAUCGAAGCUCUCUGGUUGUUCGAGAAGGGCGGCUGGAGAGAGAAGUGGAGGGGCAGGUAG